UAACCCCGUGAUGUUGGCUGUUUCCUGCUCGCAAAAUCCCUUCUCUGCAGCGGCGCUGGAGCAGCACGGAACACAAAACCUAGCUCAGCGACACGAAGAGCUAGCUAGUCGGCUUACUUGAUAUCUAUCAGGGUCUCGGAUAGCGGAGACUUGGCUAGCUAACUGUUUUAGAGAUUCCAAACUGACAUACUGCAAACUUCGCUCGCAUUGAAUUCAAUCGCAUUGAAUUCACAGAAAUGCGAAGAAAGUCCAGGAUAUUACUAUGUUUCGCUGUUCUUUGGAUGCUUGGCAUCGCUUAUUAUUUCUAUUCCGGAACAGGAGUGAAUCGCAAGGAUGACUGGACUGGCAUUGAUUCGUCAAAGAGGAACCAGUUACACAGCAGUUCAGAUGACAAAGCCCACAGCCUGGAGACACUCCCCCCAGGGAAAGUUAGGUGGCAGGACUUUGACCAGGAUCUUUACGUGGGUGCAACUGUGGUGAAGCCAGGGCAGGAUCCCUACGCUCGGAACAAGUUUAACCAGGUGGAGAGUGACAAGCUACGGAUGGACCGUGGCGUCCCGGACACCAGACAUGACCACUGUCGGCACAAGCUGUGGCAGACUGACUUGCCGGCCUCCAGCGUGGUUAUCACCUUCCACAAUGAAGCUCGGUCGGCCCUCCUGCGCACCAUCAUCAGCGUUCUCAAGAAGAGCCCUCCCCACCUUGUCAAAGAAAUUAUAUUGGUGGACGAUUACAGCGACAACCCGGAAGAUGGGUCCUUGCUGGGCAGAAUAGAGAAAGUACGAGUCUUUCGUAAUGACAGACGAGAAGGUUUGAUGAGGUCUCGGGUACGAGGAGCAGACGCCGCCACGGCUAAGGUCUUGACUUUCCUGGACAGCCACUGCGAGUGCAAUGAGCACUGGCUGGAGCCCCUGCUGGAGAGAGUGGCUGAGGAUAAGACGCGCGUCGUCUCACCCAUUAUCGACGUUAUCAACAUGGAUAACUUCCAGUACGUUGGGGCUUCUGCAGAUCUCAAGGGAGGGUUUGACUGGAACCUGGUGUUCAAGUGGGACUAUAUGACCCUGGAGCAGAGAAAGGCACGCCAAGGAAACCCCAUCGCCCCCAUAAAGACUCCAAUGAUAGCAGGUGGCCUGUUUGUGAUGGAUAAGGACUACUUUGAAGAACUGGGGAAGUAUGACAUGAUGAUGGACGUCUGGGGUGGUGAGAAUCUAGAGAUCUCGUUCCGCGUGUGGCAGUGUGGAGGGAGCCUGGAGAUCAUCCCCUGUAGCAGAGUGGGCCACGUCUUCCGCAAGCAGCACCCCUAUACCUUCCCUGGGGGAAGCGGUACAGUAUUUGCUAGGAACACAAGACGGGCAGCGGAGGUUUGGAUGGAUGAGUUCAAGAACUUCUACUAUGCUGCUGUGCCCUCUGCCCGGAACGUUCCCUAUGGCAACAUUCAAAGCAGGCUGGAGAUGAAGAAGAGGUUGGCCUGCAAACCGUUCAAGUGGUACCUGGAUAAUGUGUAUCCCGAGCUCAGAGUGCCGGACCACCGAGACAUUGCCUUUGGAGCUUUGCAGCAGGGGACCAACUGCUUGGACACCCUGGGGCACUUUACUGAUGGCGUAGUAGGGGUGUAUGAAUGCCACAACGCUGGUGGAAACCAGGAAUGGGCUCUGACCAAGGAUAAAUCAGUCAAGCAUAUGGACCUGUGCCUGACAGUGAUAGACAGGAUCGCUGGCUCACAAAUCAAGCUCCAGGGCUGCCGGGACAAUGACACCAGACAGAAAUGGGAGCAAAUCGAAAGCAACUCCCGGCUCCGGCACGUGGGCAGCAACCUGUGCCUGGACAGCCGCAGUGCUCGGAGCGGUGGACUGACGUUGGAGGUGUGCGGCCCCUCCCUCACGCAGCAGUGGAAAUUCACCCUCAACCUGCAGUCCUAGAACUUCUCUCCCCCACGACAUGCCCCUGCACAGAGGACAGAUCGCCCAAACUCACCCAGCGUGUGCUGAACACCGUGACUCAAGAAAUCUGAUUCAGGGGCAGGGGGGAAGAAAAAACGACAGAGCAUGACGACGGCCAAGCUCUCUGUCAAACUAUAUACCUCAGUGUUUUAUCUCGGCCCAAGUUGGACGUUGUUUUGUCAGCGCAACGGAAUAGUUUUCUCAUUGUGUUGUUUUUUUUUUUUUGCUUUUCCUUGUAUUCUUUUGUGUAGAAUUUCUCAGCAUUCCUGAAAUGGAGAUCAACCCUUUUUAAUUUUAUUUCGAUUUGCGAAUAUCUUAUCCUUUCAAAUGUAAAUGACAUCACAAUGGUCCAGAGUUUCAAAAAACAAGCAAACAAAAAAACACAAGUCUACUCUAUUCGCUGUGUGAUCCCCUUAUGGUCCUGUUUCUUAAGUGUUGAGAAAAGCAUAUUAUACCAAUAGUGUGCUUUCUUAAUAGGGUCUUCUAUAUUGAAGAGUGUUCUAAGAAACUGACCUAGGUAAGAUGUACUGUAAUGCUGCUUGAUUUUUAUGGAACAUAGCACUGGCUGCUAUCGUUUUAUAGUAUUUAACCAUUUUCCCUCUCGUUUUAUAUGAGAUAUUAUUAUUAUUAUUAUUAUUAUUAUUAUUAUUAUUAUUAUUAUUACAACAACUACAACUAAUAGUCAUAAUACUACUACAAUACUACUAAUAAUAAGAAGUCUACUUCAUUAAAAAUACUGCAUUUUCUAUUGGUCUAUUUUCUUCACAUUACAUCAUAUCCUGUAAUCAAAACACCUGAAAAAUCCACACCAGUUUUCCUGUACGCAGUCACCUUGCUUUCUGACUGUCCUUUUGUGAGUAAAUGGGAAUCUGCCUGUUGUUUUUUUGUGUUCUAUUUUCUUUUUUCUUAGCUUGAUGUGGAUUUGUGCAGUUUCACUGUAAUAAUUACCUUGGUUGGAUGACAUUUCACCAGGUAGAGAUGUAACCGGAAAUGUCGUGCACUCUUACGUCGGAGUAUCUGUGGGUUUUAUUCCACCUCUUUUCAUUAAGUUAUGUUGAGUGUUUCAGUGCAGGUUCAUUGCAGCUAUCACUGAGCAAAGUGCUAAUUUAAGUCAAAGUUUGGAAUUUUGGGACCCUGCUCAGGGUAAUGGUGAGAUAAUUGCCUUCUACAGUAUCUGUCAUUUGAGAAAGGUGACAUGUGACAUAAGAAUGUGACGUGUUCCACAAAACAGUUCUCAGGAUGACUGUGGAAGGAAAUGGUUAUAAAUUGUGUAACUGGACAAACAGAAGCAAGAAGAGCAAUAAGGUCACCAGUUUUAUUUUUUUUAAUUGUCAUGUUACGCUUGUGCCAUCACCUUUGGCGGAUUUUAUGUUGGGUGUAGAUUGGUUACAUUUUCCUGACAAAUGUCGUGUAGCACUUCAAACUCCAGAGUCUUCAGGAAAUACAACAGACUGAGGAGCCUGUGACAGAUGAAGGUUCAUCUGUGUUUUUAUCUUUCUAUAUUUGUGUAGGAUUGAUAUUUCCAUGAUUAAUUUAACCCAAAAGAGGCAUUUGCUUGUUGUGAAAUGGUAUGUGUUAACUGUGUUUCGUUUGCCUUUAAACCCAGAAUGGUCCUUUCUGUGCCAUCUUGUUUGGACAAAGGGAAUUGAAUGUGCUUGGUUAAAGAAAAGGUUCACAGUGGUGGAUGAAGCUCUUGCAGGCAGAGAUUCAUUCCAUCUGUCUUUGCAUGGGGGUGUAAACAUGUGGAUCUCCAAGUUCGCAAAAGCCCUUUUUGAAUGUUCCCAGUGCCUCAGUGGGCCCAGCACAAGCACAUGUCCAAGGAGUUGGUCACAGAAAUUAGGGUUGUUCCAUUUCUCUCUCUGUCAGGAAGACUCGGUUGUACCAGUUGAGGACCAUGUAAGAAAUUCUGUUUUGAAUUCUCUCAUACAUUGUGUUAAGAAUAAAGGGAACAUUGUCUGCCCCAUUGUAGAAACCAUGACCAUAAUUCAUUGUCACCUGCCAAGGCAGUCAAUUGCAAAGUGUCCACCUAACCAAGAUGGCUAAUUUGAAUAAUUUGUGCUCAUUGGUGUCAUUAUCUUGAAACUGGUGUACUAAGCCUUUUUUACCCUGUGUGGUUCUCAUUAAAAAAAAAUAAUUUUAAGGCAAAUGGAUAAAACUGGCAUAAUGGAAGCAAAGCUGUGAAUGACAGCUAUGCUGAUUUGCAAUUGGAUGAAAUGUUUACAUAGCACAAUGUGCCAAAGUUAUUUACUGUUUAUUUAAAUUGUUCAUGCAUUUGUACUCUGUUAGGAAGGUUGGCCAAUGAUGAGAGUGAGUCCAUGGUAAUAUGGAUGAGGCAGUGUCUUAAUACGUUACAGUACAGUUCCUCUGUGGGAAAAAUAUCACAAUAGGAAAGUGAUUUUAAUUAUGAUGUGAACUGAUAUUGGAUGUAAUGGGUGAGGGAAGGGGGAGACGAUUGCAAGAGCUGAGUGAAACAAAGACUAGUUUUUAUAUAUGUAAUAUGUCUAUAAAAAUCAAGUUCAUGGUGAGUUGGUCUACUGUACAGCACUUGUAAUUGUUGUUUUAUAGAUAUGGCAAAAUGAAAAAACUAAAUGAACACAAAAUGUUACUAAAUAAAAGUUUAUACAUAA